AUGAACAUGUGGCAGUUCGUGGCUGACAGACUCUUCGAGUUCUUUGCCGUCCUGUUUGCAGUGACACGCCUCAUCAUGUUCGGGUACGUAUGCUGGUCGGCACAUAUUGAGUCCGCUGCGUACUUCAAACACUCCUUCGCCGCUACCUUGUGCGUCAUCUUGCUCUACCUCCUCAUGGUCUUGCAGGUCUACUGGUUUGGCCUGAUCCUGAAGGUCGCCAUCAGGCUCCUCCGGGGGCAUGGGGUUGAGGAUAUCCGAUCGGACGACGAAGAUGAGGAGCCGGAAAAGAAGGACAGCAAGAAAGAUUCGUGA